AGCGUGUGAGUUGUGAUGUGAUGUGAGCGGCCGAGUUCCUACGACCUGACCUUCCUUCCUUUCCUUCCUAGUAGUAGUAGCUGGCGACUUGGCUAGACCGCUAGUCCUGUGCUCCGCUAUAUAACGCCACUCCUCCACGCCAUUCUCCUCUCACUCGGAACUCGGAAAUAGUUCUCCAUCCCAAGCUUCUCUCCCCCUCUUUCUCUUCUCUCUCUCCUCUCCUCUCUCGCGCGCGUUGCCUCGAACCGGAAGGAAGUGAACAUCGUACGUCCGUUCCAGCGCGUGGUGUUUGAGGGACCAAUGGAUCCAUGGAUGGGCAGCCAGCCAUCCCUGAGCCUCGACCUGCACGUCGGCCUACCGCCGAUGGGGCACCCGCACCACCACCAGAGCCAAUACCAGGCGCCGCCGAUGAUCGCGCUGGCCAAGCCCAAGAUCCUCGUGGAGGAGAACUUCAUGCCGCUCAAGAAGGACCCUGAGGUUGCGGUUCUUGAGUCGGAGCUACAGCGGGUGAGCGAGGAGAACCGGCGGCUGGGCGAGAUGCUCAGGGAGGUGGCCUCCAAGUACGAGGCCCUGCAGGGCCAGUUCACCGACAUGGUCACGGCCGGCGGCAACAACAACCACUACCACAACCAGCCGUCCUCCGCGUCGGAGGGCGGGUCGGUGUCGCCGUCGAGGAAGCGCAAGAGCGAGGAGAGCCUCGGCACGCCGCCACCGUCGCAUACUCAGCAGCAGCACUAUGCCGCCGGCCUCGCGUACGCGGUGGCGCCGGACCAGGCGGAGUGCACGUCCGGCGAGCCGUGCAAGCGCAUCCGGGAGGAGUGCAAGCCCGUCAUCUCCAAGCGCUACGUCCACGCCGACCCCUCCGACCUCAGCCUGGUGGUGAAGGACGGGUACCAAUGGCGCAAGUACGGGCAGAAGGUGACCAAGGACAACCCAUGCCCCAGAGCCUACUUCCGGUGCUCCUUCGCCCCCGGCUGCCCCGUCAAGAAGAAGGUGCAGAGGAGCGCCGAGGACAAGACCAUACUCGUGGCGACGUACGAGGGCGAGCACAACCACACCCAGCCCCCGCCGUCGCAGCCGCAGCAGCAGAACGACGGCUCCGGCGCCGGCAAGAACGCCGGGAACGGGAAGCCGCCCCAGGCGCCGGCCACGCCUCACCACCCGCAGCAGCAGCACAAGCAGGAAGCGGCAGCGGUCGUCGUCAGCGGCGAAUCGGCCGCGGCGGCGUCCGAGCUGAUCCGGCGCAACCUGGCGGAGCAGAUGGCCAUGACGCUGACGAGGGACCCCAGCUUCAAGGCGGCGCUGGUCACCGCGCUCUCCGGCCGGAUCCUCGAGCUCUCGCCGACCAGGGACAUCAAUUAAUCCCCACAGGAGCAAGCCACAUUUCAGAAACACUGCCCGGCUCAAUUUUUCUUGCGGUGUCGAUUACUCCGUUCGGCAUUGCUUGCUGCCUGCCUCCGCCGCCUCCGUCAAAGCCUCGCAGACAAAGCAUCAAGAACCGGACGCCUGACCAGCGAAGAAGACGCGAUCGGUUUCCGGCGAGCGAAGAUCGGAGUUACCGCUCGUGUACAUAGACCGCGAACACGACGGCGGCGAGGGAGGUUGUAACAUGUAAUGUACUCCAGUAGCUAGGAUAAUGCAGUCAUUCAAAUGUUCCGUUCCAUAAUUUCCAUGGAACUCGAUUCGAUUCAAUGAGAAAGUCAAUCAAGUCACGGUAUA